ACAAUGUCGCAACCACCUGAUCUUGCCUUCGCCAAAGGAUUACCAAAAGUAGAGCUCCAUGCUCAUCUGUCAGGUAGCAUCAGUAGAAAAUGUCUCCACAACAUAUGGCUGCGGCANAAAACCAAACAUCCCUCGUUUAAUUUGCAAGACCCAUUGACAACUAUACCGAGCGCUGCAGAUGGCGAAAUUGAUGUUGUCAGCUUUUUCCCGAUCUUCGACAAGUAUAUCUAUGCUUUAAUCUCGGAUGACGAAAGCAUACGAUAUGCGACCACUUCUGUCCUGGAAGACUUUCAACACGAUGGAGUUUGCUACUUGGAGCUUCGGACUACGCCGCGCGCAAUCCCGGAUGCUGGAAUCAGUAAAGAAGACUACGUUAAAACUGUCUUGCAAGCCAUGAGUGAGUUCGAGGCAUCGUUGAAGCAGGACAUCAAGGGAGCUCCUCGUUACGACAAGCUGCAUGCAAAACUCAUCUUGUCGAUAGACCGCAAGAAUACGCUCGAAGAGGCUUCCGAAGUCGUGCGUUUGGCUCUCAAGUAUCGCCACCUGGGAAUCGUGGGAGUGGAUCUUUGCGGCAACCCAGCGAAGAAGCCUAUCUCUCAUCUCGCACCAGCUUUUGCCGAAGCUCGAGCCCAAGGACUGAGUAUCACGUUGCACUUUGCAGAGAUUGCCCAAGAGGAUCCUAGCGAGCUGGAAGAAAUGCUGUCCUGGCAACCACAACGACUGGGUCAUGUCAUCCACGUCCCCUCAUCACUACGCAAAACAAUCACAGACAACAGACUCGGACUCGAGCUAUGCCUCAGCUGCAAUGUUCUCUGCGGUCUAAGUCAAGGUGGCUAUGCAGCUCACCAUUUCGGCGAGUGGAAGAGUGCUGGCGUACCCAUUGCUUUGUCUACCGACGAUGUAGGCAUUUUCGAGUCGACGCUUAGCAAUGAGUAUAUGCUUGCUGCGAUCAAUUUUGACCUUGAUAAGACGGCAUUAGUGGAGCUUUGUAGAGGAUCUGUAGAUACGAUUUUUGGGGGUGAGGGUGAGAAGGAGAGGAUAUCGGCGUUGCUUGUAGGAUUUUGGUCGACGUUUUGUGUGGGCAAUCUUCGACCAUGA